UUAUGUUAUGUAUAAUAAGUUUCAGCUUUUUUGAGGAAGAUGGUGCUAUUAGUUAAAUGUUAAAAGAGAUACAGUUCGUAUAUAUUAUAAUGCAUAUAAAUAAUUUUAUGUUUUGUUUGAUAAAUUAAAUCUAUUCAAACAUGAAUUUUUUUUUUCAUAUGUAUAGAAUUAUUAUUUAAUUGAUUUUAUUAUAACGUUGAAUACAAUAUUGAUGUAUAUCAUAACAUAUAUAACAUGGAAGAAUUAAUAAAGUUUGACAUCAAAGAGGUUAAAACUGAUCUUUUACGCGCGAUAAACGAAUGUUCCCAACGCGGAUUAUUACAUACUACAAAAUGGCUAGCAGAAUUAAGUUAUUCUCUAAAAGAUGUUAAAUUAAACAUUCAUGAUAUUACCGCCGAUUUAUAUUUAUCGGAUACAAGCGAUGAGGAGGAUACAUAUAUUUUAGCAAAAACGUAUUUUGAUUUAAAAGAAUAUGAUAGAGCAGCUUACUUUACUGAGCAAUGCAAAACUCCAAAAGUUCGAUUUUUACAUUUAUAUUCUCGCUAUUUAUCUGGAGAAAAGAAAAAAAUAGAUGAUAUGACAGUAGUUCCUCCAGAUCCUUUAAAAAAUGAGAGUUUAAGAUUAUUGUGUGCUGAUUUGAGAAAAGAUCACCUGGCAGAUAAACUUGAUGGAUUUGGUCUUUAUCUUUUCGGUGUAACAUUAAAAAAAUUACAACUUACCAAAGAAGCUACAGAUGUAUUGGUUGAAGCAACUCAUAAGCAGCCUAUGCAUUGGGGAUCUUGGUUAGAAUUAGCUUCUUUAAUUACUGAUAGAGAAAAGCUUGAAAGUUUAUGCUUAUCUAAUCAUUGGAUGAAGCAUUUUUUUAUGGCUCAUAUGUAUUUAGAGUUGCAAUUAAUAGAUGAAGGUUUAGCGUUAUAUUGUGAAUUACAAUCAAUGGGAUUUGAAAAGAAUGGUUAUGUACUUGCUCAAACUGCUAUUGCUGUACAUUAUAGAAGAGGUAAUGUCAUAUUUUUAAACAAAUUAUUAAUUUUUAUAGUAUAUUAUUACAAUAUAUUAAAUUAUAAUAUUUUAAUUUUAGAUGUUGAUAAUGCUAUAGAAACAUUUAAAACAAUAAUAAAAGAAGAUCCUUAUUGUUUAGACAAUAUGGAUACAUAUUCUAAUUUGCUUUAUGUAAAAGAAAUGAAAGUUGAAUUAGCAUAUUUAGCACAUAGAGCAACAGAAAUAGAUAAAUAUAGAUUAGAAACAUGUUGUAUAGUAGGAAAUUAUUAUAGUUUAAGAGGAGAUCAUCAAAAAGCAGUAAUGUAUUUUCAUAGAGCAUUGAAAUUAAAUCCACAAUAUCUUUCUGCUUGGACAUUACUUGGCCAUGAAUUCAUGGAAAUGAAAAAUACCAAUGGUGCUAUUCAUAGUUAUAGACAAGCUAUUGAGGUUAAUAAACGGGAUUAUAGAGCAUGGUAUGGUUUGGGUCAAACAUAUGAAAUCUUAAAAAUGCCAUUUUAUGCAUUAUAUUAUUACAAACAAGCCCAGCUUUUAAGACCACACGAUAGUAGAAUGGUAUUAGCUUUAGGAGAAGCAUAUGAAAAACAAAAUAAAAUACAAGAUGCAUUGAAAUGUUAUUAUAAAGCAUGUAAUGUUGGUGACAUUGAAGGAAUGGCAUUAUUAAAAUUAGCUACGUUAUACGAAAAAUUAGGUGAACAUGAUCAUGCAGCAGCAGCUUAUACAGAUUUUGUGAUGGAUGAAUUUAGAAAUGCAGAUAGAACUGAUUUGAGUCAUGCAUAUAAAUAUUUAACACAAUAUCAUUUAAAGAGAGAGCAAUUAGAUUAUGCUAAUCAUUAUGCUCAAAAAUGUUUGCAAUUUGAUGAAACAAAAGAAGAAGCUAAAGCAUUGUUAAGAACGAUUGCCCAAAAAAGAGGAAAAUUUGAACAUUCAAUGGUGAUAGAAGAUAUGAAUGAAACAGAUCCAGUUAUUGAACAAGGAGAAAGACCAGAUGUUACAUCAGGAAGUCAAUUAUCGCCAAUGAAUUUAUCAUUUAUGCCUACGCCGUAAAAUACUGAA